CAGCGCAUUGUUUUAUUUUUCUUCAAUACUAUAAGCAGCGCAUUAAUGUUGCUUUUUUACUUUAUAAAGAUCGAUAUAUGGUCGGAGUAAGCCAUUAUGCUAUAAUUCUUCAAUUCAAUUCCAAUUCUUCCAAUCCAUUUCCAGCUAAAACAUCUCGAAUCGGUCAAAUUUGUAGUACGUUACAAUGGGUUUGCUUUUCUAUUUCUCCUUGAUUUAUGUUGUUCUUUUCCAAGCAGCACUCCUACUAGCCAUGGAUAUGGCUGCAACAAUCUCUGACGGCAGUCAUACGGCGGCGUUCACAUGUAGAUCAUACUGUGGGAACUUAAGCAUUGACUACCCUUUCGGGGUCCGUCCCGGAUGUGGCCAUCCGGGAUAUCGGGAGCUCUUGUUCUGCAUCAAUGACGUCCUCAUGUUCCACGUAAAAUCCGGAUCCUACCGUGUCUUGAACAUAGACUACGCCUACAAAACCCUCACACUCGACGAUCCUCACAUGUCGACGUGCUCCGCCAUCGUGCUCGGUGGCCGCGGUAACGGUUUCACAGUCGAGCCAUGGCGGGCCACCUACCUCCAGCCCACCACGGACAACGUGUUCAUGCUCCUAGGAUGCUCCGCGGAAUCCUCGCUCUUUCAGGGAUUCCGCAGAGGCAAAAACUUCCCAUGCCGGAAUGUAUCCGGCAUGGGCUGCGAGGACUACUACGAGUGCCCGGCGUGGAACAAUGUUAUCGGGCUACCACCGGCUAAGAAGAGGAUGUGGCCCGCUUACGCCGGCCCGCCGGAGUGCUGUGCGGUCUCAUUCGGAACAAUGAAGGCCAUAAAUUUGACCGAGCUAGAUUGUCAAGGCUAUAGCAGUGCGUAUAGCCUUGCGCCCCUAAGAUUACAGGGUGCUGAUGCGUGGUCAUAUGGGAUUAGAGUGAGGUUCUCUAUCCAUGGAGAUGAAGUCUUUUGUAAAUCGUGCCAGGCAACCGGUGGGAUCUGUGGAUAUGCGGCGGCAGCCGCCGGUAAAUAUACCAAUGCGUGUAUGUGUGGUUCUUGGAAUUCUACCUCGCACUGUGAUUCACCUGCAGCUGCAUUUCACUCUGGUUCCACUAGAAGAACAUGGCGCUUCAUGGACACGCUAGCAGGUAGGGUUCCUUCGGCCCUUUUUGAAUACCCAAAAAUGAUUCCAUUUCAGCAAGUCCUAGACUUGCUUUGCUUCAUUCUUUAGGAAUAUUAUACAAAUAUCGAUAAGCAAGAAAAAUGGUUAUGUACCAAUUGAUGGUAAAGUUAAAGACAUGACCUAGUUGAUAAGAGAUUAUUAGUACUAAAAGAGAAAUUAUUUUUUAUCAAUCUUUUUCAACACAGUUCAUUAUUGAUUUGCUUUUUCGUGUUGCAGGAUUCUUGGUUUGUACAAUUUUGUUGAGAAUUCCGAAUAUUGCACGCAAUGUGGCCUGGUUCAAUUAAGAGUUAUACACGUUGAACUUCAUGGGAUGAUUCAAAAUAAAGCUCAAAUGAUUUCUUAGCUUGAAUGGCUUAUAUAUAAGGAGACGGAGGCUAGACAAAUACUUAACAUAUUUAAAUUUGUAUGUACCAUCGUUAGGAGUAUAAUAAUAUACGUACAUUUUGUAUCAUAGGGAACUAUAUAACAAAAUGAUGGUACCAUGGAUUGUACUCAUGAUCCCAUUGAAGAUAACACGCGUGAAAUCCAUUGUAUGGGCCGGGAUUGAUAAACUAAGUCCAUUAAUUGAGAUCAAUUGAUUAAUUAUUUAAUUAAUUAAUUGAGCCAAUUGGGUCUAACAGGAGACCAUGACCCGCAAAAGGAACCUACAUCCAGACUGACCUGAUCAGCAGGUCUCGAGCCUAGGUGGGAUUCUAGCUUAUGUGGCAAAGGUAUCUGUUACGCAUAGGUAUAUGGAAGCAGCAGGGACUUCUUUCCAUGACAUUCCCAUUAGACAUCGAGGAACUCAGUGUGUUAAGAAAUUGAUGUAACGUAACUCGAAAGUACAACAGCGGAAGUUUAAAUUUUCCCAAACGGAUCUUUCCUGAUUAUGACAAAACAACGAAUAUAAUAAUAAUAACAAAUCUGAGUUAGAACUUACAGAUCUUCCAGUCUAGCGGUGAUAAUCCUUGACCUUAAGUAUCCACGUGAUUUCUCCUUUCCGAAAGAACGGUUGGAUCUCCCUUAGAGAAAGGCUAGGAAAUCUCUUCGCACGGAAAUAAACUAGUAAUACUGAAUCCGAAAACUUGUCUCUAAUUAUGAAGGAGGAGGAUGUAUUUAUACUAGUUCUAAACCAGUUUCCC